GUUUUCUGAUAUAGAAUGGUGUAUAUUUAUUUCUGUAACAUGUUCCAGCGUACAGUUGCACAAAUUGACAACAUUAUGGCUUAAUAUGCAAGCAAGUCUUAACUGGAGUCAGGUGAGUUUCAGUUUAUAUUACAGCCUCGUCUUCAGUUUCAAAACAACAGUUCACAUUUUUAGAGAAUAAACAAUGCAAGACACAAACUGAACAAGUGAUCUCCUUACAGGAGACAACUGUAAAAACCUGUCAUAAGCAGUUUUGAGCUGCUUUUUACUGUGUCAAUUUGUUGCAAUUUAUCAGCGUAGACAUAACCAUAAUGGGUAAUAAUUUUUCCAUUUUCUUUGCUUAAUAACCCAAAUGUUUGCCCCUUUUCUUCAUUGCUAUGUUUGACUUUUUGUGUUUUUUUGAGAUGCCAACAAUGUCUGUAUUUUUUUUAUCAUAGAACAAAAUGAAAACAAAGAGAUUCUUUUGAUGACUAAAAAUGUUAACAUCAUAUAAUUUUAUAAAACAGGCACAUCCUGGGUUUCAGCACACCUGGUUUUUUGUUUCAAUUUGUAAUUAUAUUGUGACUAAAGAUUCAGUAAAAUUACACUGAUAGAUUAAGAUUUUAAAAGAUCUUAAAUUAAUUGUAGUGCGCUUUUAAUUUGCCUGAAGUCGUUGCGAACAUUUGUUUCACUUUAUUAUGUUUUAGCUGUUUGGUCAUAGGCAGACUACGUUGACAAGUCAUUUCUAUUAACAAGGUUAAAGUGUGAAAAACUCAUUUACAAAGAAGACAGAUCAAAACACUAUUGAAUUACUAUUUCUAUGUCUUUAAAAGAAAUAAAAUGAAGUACCUGAUUUAAGAAAAAACAAUUUAAGAUGGAAAGAAGCUAAUAUGAGUGAUAUCUCAUUUAAUUAUUGCAGAACUAGUUUGACUAAACAUAACUGGCUUUCGCAAAUGAAUAUUUUACAUCACUCACUGAAAGAUUGGUAAUUAGUGUUCUUCCCAGACUCUGAAUAAUUAAGCUUACACAAAUACUGAUGGUGAGCAUAUACAGUAAUGGUUAAAAAAAGGACACCCUUGAUAAGUUUGAGGAUAUGCAUGUUUAAAAUUUUAACCUCAAGUGUACAAAAACCACACACCAUAUCAUUAUUUAUUAAACAAAGAUGAAGUCCAAAUGAAAAUGUUUCUGAAAAAUUAAGUUCAUCUCAAAAAAACUAGAAUUUAAUUAGGGUGUGCUUUUUUCACAGUUACACGACCUAAUUCUAGAGGAAAAUACAUGAAAGGCACGGUCUUUAAGACUAUCCGUUAAACCGCAAACAAUUUUUCUUUUGAAAUCCUUCUGAAGUUUUCUUGGGCCAAUAGUAAUGUCUACCAUUUAUAUGAACCCACUUACACUUUAUACACCUCUUAAAUUGAUUUACACACUUUUGGGGACAGGUUGCCAUUCUUAUUUAGACACUUUUCAAAAUAAAAUUAAGAAACUCUGAAGAGAGAAACGGUUGUUUUACUGAAGAUUUCAUUGACAGCCAUGGGAGUUUCAGAGUUGACAUGGUCCACUUUAGAGAAACUGAAUUUUUUUUAUUCAUAACCCUGGUAUUUUUACCUCUUUUAGGCUGGGUUCCAGUGUUAAUUAAUGUUUUAGACAAUAAAUAACACAACCAUCUACCCUAACAACCAAUGAUGUAUUCCUGAUUUACAACAUCUUUGUCGUUACAGUUAUAUGAAUUUGAGAUGGAUCUCUACCAAUGGCAGAAACCUGAGCCAAACCGAAAAUAAUGAGCAGUAAAAUGUAAAUCCUUCAAAGAACUGAAUAUAUAAUAAUUUUAUUCCAAAUGUUUAUUUACCUACAUGAAGCUUCAGUGCACCGCUGGUGCAAAGGUAAUCCACAACGAGAUGAUGAGAUUUCAGGUAAAAGAAGUCUACUUUAAGGGACCUUUGUGUGUAUUUCUCUUUGUGUCUGCUACAAACACACACACACACACACGCACACACACCCUCAUGCAGCUCCGUUAUUGUUCUCUGGUUGCUAAGUUACACCAGGGGGCAAAACAGGCUGUUUUUAUUUGACCGUAUUGUGCCUGAUGCAACUUUUUGUGGUUUCUCUGCUCACCCCUGCUUCACAAUGAGUCAAGACUAUCACAGACAUGAUGCAAACACCCGGCUCGCCAGGCAAAUCAACUGAGAUGGAGAAAAAAACAAAUCCUGGAGACGUCUGGAGAGAACUGACCCAAAUCUAGAGUUACUGCACGAGAGCAAAUAUGGAGCCAAACUCUAGCAGGGAAACCUCAUCAGACAUUCUCACAAUCCUCACAUAUGAUGGGAGGACUGUCACCAGAAUCAACGUUGCCACACAAACAGGCAGCAGAUAUGGAGACCCCGACUUUGUGCCAAAAUAUGCUUUGCCUGAGAAGAAAGAAGAUUAUGACAGUUCAGAGCAGAGAGCUGACGAUGAGAGUGAGUUGAAGAUAUCCCCAGAUAAUGAAAUGUUGGAUUUGCACAGCAAGGGAACUCCCCACUCUCCUACAGCCUGCCAAGAAGGAACAGUAGAGACCUUAACUAAUCUUGACAAGGGAGAGUCAGAUGGAGAGUCAGAAAAAGAGGAAGAUCAAAGGUCAGUACACACCCCCCAGGAGCAUGAGCUGCAGUCAAAAGAGGAUUCAAAUGAAGCAGGUUGCACAUACUCUGGAUCAUAUUGCAAGCAAAUUAAGGUUUUACCAUCAUUUCCUUUAAUUCAUCUGUGUUGUGAAAUCUUUAACAUUACAGGACAAGUAGAAGUUUAUGACAUCUCAAGUGAUUUUUCGGAUUACGAUUGGUUCACCACAGAAAUGGUGACAUGGGAGGAUGAAACAGAAAUAAGCUACAACAGCAUCUUCUCUUUCAAUGUGAGGAAGGAGAGACUAAAGGAGUUGCCGCUUGUCAGACGCUACAAAAAUGGCAAAAUAUUCAUUUUGGUCUUUCAAGAUGGAACUGGACAUGUGUGCUAUCCAUCGGGAAGACUUGCCAUCCUCGUGGCAACAUCGCAUUCAACCAACUCGUCUUGUGUGGUGGUUCUGGAGAAUGAAAUCGAUGAGCCACCGAUUAAGGCGCUUUUUACCAGCAGAGAGCAGACCUGCUUUCAUGAGAAUGGCAACAUUUGGGUUAAUCUUACUUCAAGAGGAGGUACGUUGUUCAGUGAGACGGGAGAUCUGAAGAAACACUGGAAGUGGCAGGAGAAUGAGCAACAUGUUCAUGCUCCCCCCUGCCAGCCCAUGCACCUCACCCUAAGCCCUUUCCUUAAAGUCCACAUCAAAUCCCAGGAAGAUAUCAGCAUCCUUUUCAACUCCAAUAAACACAGCGUGGAGGUCCACAAAGUGGCUAGUGUGAACGCGAAACAUGUCAGAAAGAAAACAGCGUCAGUGGCUGAGUCGCUUCAGUCUUAUCUGAGGCAGAAGAGUCCAGAGAUCAAGGCGCUGCUCCAGAACCUCCAGUCCCUCGUCACCGAUCAAAGCAGCGCAACUCCGUCGAAGGUCAGCCCUCAUCCUGCAGAUGGAGAGGCAGCAGCUGCCAGUGAAACGGCAACACUCUGCCAACAAGACCCCCCAUAGCGGACAAUGUCCUUCAAUAGGAUUUUCUCAUUUGUGUGAAGAGACUUGAGCCGUGGCGUCCCUUGAAUUUGAAUUUAACGACUAAGUGCUUUUUAGAAAUAAAGCCAAGUAACAUUAAUAACCUCUUCUUUUAUUACCAUAAAUAGAAGACCUCUACAAACCAAUUUACAUGGGACAAACCAAAGCAAAGAGUACACUGAUGACACAUCCAUUCUUCAUGUAAGAGCAAAAUAUUAUACUGUGUGAGAGUAAAUGCUGAAUUUACCAAGUUAUAAAAGAAGUAUAAAAACACAAGUUUUCAGUUUUGCUUUCCAAAUGUGCAACUAAACAACAAAAACAUUCAAAAUGGAGGUUGUAGGUGAGAAGGUUGGUGAAAACAUCCGUCUCUGCUUUGAUUAGAGAGAACAAACUUGUCAGACCUGACUCACCCAUAGUACAGGUCAUCAUUUGGCUACACAGACGGAGACCAACAAUGCCUUGCAAAAGGAUGAAUACUCCUUCACCUUCUUCACAUUUUUUCACCUUGUAACAACAAACUUCGGGGCUUUAAACAGAUUUUAUGCACCAACAGAAUUCUGUUCAAUUGUGAAGUAGAAGGAAAAGACAUUAACAUGCUUUGCAAGAAUAAAUCUGAAAUGUAUGACAAGCAUUUAUUUUCCCUUUGUAAUUUCGACAAGUAGUGCUCGUCUAGAUACUGAUAUUUUCACCCAUUUUUUCUGUACAAAGUAGUUCAAGCUGAAUCAAGAGCAUCUGUGAACAGUUCUUUUUGAAUUUAAAGUUUUUUGAAAUUUUAGAUUAUACAUUGGAUUUAGUUCCAGUAACAUAUGAAGAUGUUUGUUCUUAGCUAUUCUACCAUAGUCCAGGCUAGAUGUUCAAGGUUGUUGUUCUGCUGGAAGACGGACCUCUGCCUUCCCUCUCGGGUCUUCCCACAGCAAGAUGCUGCAACCACUAUGAGUCGUGGUAGAGAUUGAAUAUUUAGGAUAUUUUGCAUGUAGUGAAAAAACUGUUGUUGCUCUCAUUUAAAACACAAUAGCUUAUACAGAUUUGGUGCAUCCCUACCAGGUCU